AUGGAAUCAAAAAGACAACACCAGCAGGAGGAGGAGGGUGAUGAAAGGGGUGUUCAAAUUCAACAUUCAAAGCGGAGACGCGAAGAUUCACAACAAUCAGAGACCAGCCGCACCAUAACAAAUUUUGGCUCUCUAUUUCACUUAACGAAUGAUGAUAUGAUGCCGUGCUUGUCAGAGUUAGUUAAGAAAGUGGUAAGUGACGUGUUGAAAACCCGACUAUUUCCAAGCCCAACUAGUAAUCGGAAUGGAAUAUCUGGAGCCAAACCCUUUCGGUUGGUUUUCAAGAAUAAAUUGCCUGCUACAAUAUUUACUUUCACAAAGAUCAAAGCUGAAGACAACACUCUUGUUGAAGUCGCUCUUUAUGAUAUUAAAUCUCAGUCUAUUGUCGCUGAGGGUCCACUUGCUUCGACCAAGAUAGAGAUUUGUGUCCUUAAUGGCGAGUUCGGCUCCGAUGGCAAUGAAGAUUGGACUGCUGAUGAAUUCGAGGACAAAAUCUUGCCUCCAAGAGACAAUAAAGGGAAGUUACUGAAAGGAGAUACGGUUAUUACAUUAAAAAAUGGAGUUGGUUGGUUAACCAACAAUAUGAUUACCGACAACUCAAGCAGGACCCGAAGCCGACACUUUAGGUUAGGAGCCAAGGUUGUUCUAUCAAAUUUGAAUGAGGCAAACAUCAGGGAAGGUAGAAGUGAACCUUUUAUUGUCAAGGAUGCCAGAGGAGAGGUGAAUCAGAAACACUAUCCUCCAUCUCUGAAGGACAAUAUAUGGCAUUUGAAAUAUAUAUCAAAAUAUGGGAAAACUCAUGAGCGAUUAGCUGAAUAUGGGAUAAAAACUGUUGAGGAUCUGUUGCUGCGGAAUGAAACCAAUCCAUCAUCUUUGCCAGAGAUAUUUGGCAACGUUUCAAAAAAGCGACGGGAAGCAAUCAUUGAGCAUGCUAAGACUAGUGUUGCUGAAACGACAUUUGACGGACCAAAUUACCCUUCACAAAAUACUGUCGACUCUAACGAGGAGCAGUUGGUGGAUGCUCUCCAAAAUGUCCAAGAUUUGUUUCCAGUUGACCAGACGUCAGUUCACAGCUUACCAUCAGCGGGACAAUCUCCAGAUUUGCAAUCACUUUAUUUGCCAACUGCUCAGCAAGGUUUGUAAUUCUGUCUCAUGCAGGUGUAUGUGAAACCAUGCAUAAACAGUCUAGUGCAAAAUCCUCAGGUAAGCGAAAAUUAAUGCAAAGAUAUAAUUCCAUAAGUAAAUUAAG